GCAACGAGCGCGGGUUGUCCUCCGGGUGUCAGCGGUGAUUUGUAGACAAUGCAGCCCUGUCAGCGCAGUGCUGGUUCAGCAGCAUCUCUCCAAACAUGUAUUUGGCAAGAAUUUAAAGGCCACCUCUUGUGUUAUUUGCGGAGCCUUGGAAAAGGGUCCUCUGCCUUUAUUUUCAGGAUGUACGCAACCAUGCAGGAUUUCGUGCUGAGAAUCGGUACCUCUUGCCUCCUGAAUGACCGGCUUAUAAGGAAGUUGGCUUUCUUCGCCCUUCACCUGGAAGGAUGUUAGCAGUUCUCCCGUCCACUGGGAAACAUGGAGAGGUCUAUCCAGAGCCACGUUUGAUUUCUGCUGUCUUCAUAAAUUAGUGCUGAAGGGUGGGGUAGAUUGCAAUGUGUUAGGGAAAUGCAGGCAUUUUGUUGAUGAGUGGAAUUUCUGGCUCUAAGAGUAUAUCAAAUGGAAGAGCUUAGGCAGAGGUGGAGGUGAAUACUGGAUUCAUUCUGAAAUAUUCCUCAUCUGGAGAGAGCCGGGGAUUGUGGCAAUCUCAGAAUCCCAGUAAUACAAGUUCCAUUCAGUUUUUUCUGAAAGAACGCCAUCUAUCAAAGUGUAGCAGAGGAACUGUUGUGGAUUAUAAUGUUUUGAAGAUCUGAAUUUUAAGAAAUCUGAAAAUAAGGCAUUGUUUCACCUUUUCAAUGAAAACUAUCAGGAUCUCACACAGCUGUGGUAUUUUCUGGAAACUAUUCUCCAAAAGGGAAAUGCACAUUUGAAACUUCAAUACAAUGGUCCUUUCUGCAGGGAUUUAAGUCUACUUGUUUUUACAUCAUGACCAGCUUGAAACGGUCACAGACGGAAAGGCCGGUUGCUACCGAGAGAGCCUCUGUCGUUGGCCCAGAUGGCGCUCCCAAAGUACACACUGACGACUUCUACAUGCGGCGCUUCCGGUCCCAGAACGGCAGCUUAGGCUCAUCAGUCAUGGCUCCUAUAGGGCCUCCCCGAAAUGAGGGGCCCCACCAUAUAACCUCGACCCCUGGUGUCCCAAAGAUGGGGGUGAGGGCAAGGAUUGCAGAUUGGCCUCCAAGAAAGGAAAAUGUCAAAGACUCAAGCCGUUCAAGCCAGGAACUAGAAACCUCAAGUUGCCUUGAGAGCAUGUCCUCCAAAAGUAGCCCGGUGAGUCAGGGAAGUUCUGUUAGCCUCAAUUCCAGUGACUCAGCCAUGCUCAAGAGCAUACAGAACACACUGAAGAGCAAGACUAGACCAUCGGAGAACAUGGACUCCAGAUUUCUCAUGCCUGAAGCCUAUCCCAGCUCCCCCAGGAAAGCUCUUCGGAGAAUACGGCAGCGGAGCAACAGCGAUAUCACCAUAAGUGAACUUGACGUGGAUAGUUUUGAUGAAUGUAUCUCACCCACAUACAAGACUGGUCCAUCACUGCACAGGGAAUAUGGUAGCACAUCUUCAAUCGAUAAGCAGGGAACUUCCGGAGAAAGCUUCUUUGAUUUAUUAAAGGGCUACAAAGAUGACAAAUCUGAUCGAGGUCCCACUCCAACCAAGCUCAGUGACUUUCUCAUCGCGGGUGGGGCCAAAGGUUCUGGUUUCUCUUUGGAUGUUAUCGAUGGACCCAUCUCACAGAGAGAUAACCUCAGGCUCUUUAAGGAAAGGGAAAAACCACUCAAGCGACGCUCCAAGUCUGAAACUGGAGAUUCAUCCAUCUUCCGUAAAUUACGCAAUGCCAAAGGUGACGAACUUGGGAAAUCAUCUGAUCUUGAAGAUAACCGAUCAGAAGACUCAGUCAGGCCCUGGACAUGUCCAAAGUGCUUUGCUCACUAUGACGUCCAGAGUAUAUUAUUUGAUUUGAAUGAGGCGAUUAUGAACAGGCACAACAAUGUUAUUAAGAGGAGAAACACCACCACAGGGGCUUCAGCAGCAGCUGUGGCAUCCUUGGUCUCAGGACCUUUGUCCCAUUCAGCCAGUUUUAGCUCUCCAAUGGGCAGCACAGAGGACCUGAAUUCAAAAGGAAGCCUCAGCAUGGACCAGGGAGACGAUAAAAGCAAUGAGCUCGUAAUGAGCUGUCCUUAUUUCCGGAAUGAGAUAGGAGGAGAAGGUGAAAGGAAGAUCAGUCUGUCGAAAUCAAGUUCGGGCUCCUUCAGUGGCUGUGAAAGUGCCUCCUUUGAGUCUACCCUCAGCUCCCAUUGCACAAAUGCGGGAGUGGCUGUACUUGAAGUGCCCAAGGAGAACCUGGUUUUGCAUCUGGAUCGAGUGAAGAGGUACAUUGUGGAGCAUGUGGAUCUGGGUGCAUACUAUUACAGAAAAUUCUUCUAUCAGAAGGAACACUGGAACUAUUUUGGGGCUGAUGAAAAUCUUGGUCCGGUGGCUGUGAGCAUUCGAAGGGAGAAACCAGAAGAAAUGAAAGAAAAUGGAUCUCCAUACAACUACCGAAUAAUUUUUAGAACUAGUGAGCUCAUGACCCUGAGAGGAUCAGUCCUGGAGGACGCUGUCCCUUCCACAGCCAAACACUCGACGGCCAGAGGGCUGCCCCUGAAAGAGGUGCUGGAGCACGUGAUCCCGGAGCUCAACGUCCACUGCCUGCGCUUGGCCUUCAAUACGCCCAAAGUCACGGAGCAGCUCAUGAAACUGGAUGAACAAGGGCUGAACUAUCAACAGAAAGUAGGAAUCAUGUACUGCAAAAGUGGACAGAGCACUGAAGAAGAGAUGUACAAUAAUGAAUCAGCUGGCCCUGCCUUUGAGGAAUUCCUUCAGUUAUUGGGAGAGAGGGUUCGGCUCAAAGGAUUUGAGAAAUAUCGUGCACAGCUUGACACCAAAACUGACUCCACUGGAACUCACUCUUUGUACACAACAUACAAGGACUAUGAAAUUAUGUUCCAUGUUUCUACCAUGCUGCCAUACACACCUAACAACAAGCAACAGCUCCUACGGAAGAGGCACAUUGGCAAUGAUAUUGUAACCAUCGUUUUCCAAGAGCCAGGAGCACAGCCAUUCAGCCCAAAAAACAUCAGAUCCCACUUCCAGCACGUUUUCGUCAUUGUCAGGGUUCAUAACCCCUGCACGGACAGUGUCUGUUACAGUGUGGCUGUCACGAGGUCCAGAGAUGUGCCUUCCUUUGGACCACCCAUUCCCAAAGGAGUCACUUUCCCCAAGUCAAAUGUGUUCAGGGACUUCCUUUUGGCCAAAGUCAUUAACGCAGAAAAUGCUGCUCAUAAAUCAGAAAAGUUCCGGGCCAUGGCAACUCGGACCCGCCAAGAAUACCUGAAAGAUCUGGCAGAAAAGAAUGUCACCAACACCCCUAUUGACCCAUCUGGAAAGUUCCCGUUCAUCUCUCUAGCUUCCAAGAAGAAGGAAAAGUCUAAGCCAUAUCCUGGAGCUGAGCUCAGUAGCAUGGGGGCAAUUGUGUGGACGGUUCGGGCCAAAGACUACAACAAGGCUAUGGAAAUAGACUGUCUUUUGGGGAUCUCCAAUGAGUUCAUAGUCCUCAUCGAACAGGAAACAAAGAGUGUGGUUUUCAACUGCUCCUGCAGAGAUGUGAUUGGGUGGACUUCAACCGACACCAGUGUCAAAAUCUUCUAUGAACGAGGAGAAUGUGUUUCAGUGGAAAGUUUCAUUAGCAGUGAGGAUAUCAAAGAGAUUGUCAAAAGGCUGCAGUUUGUAACAAAGGGUUGUGAAUCCGUGGAGAUGACUCUGCGAAGGAAUGGGCUAGGACAGCUCGGCUUCCAUGUCAACUACGAGGGCAUCGUGGCAGAUGUGGAACCCUAUGGCUAUGCAUGGCAAGCAGGGCUGAGGCAAGGCAGCCGACUGGUGGAGAUCUGCAAGGUGGCCGUGGCUACCCUGAGUCACGAGCAGAUGAUUGACCUCCUGAGAACAUCUGUCACGGUCAAGGUCGUCAUCAUCCCCCCUCAUGAUGACUGCACCCCACGGAGGAGCUGCUCUGAAACCUACCGCAUGCCUGUGAUGGAGUACAAGAUGAAUGAAGGCGUUUCCUACGAAUUCAAGUUUCCCUUUCGAAAUAACAACAAAUGGCAGAGGAAUGCUGGCAAGGGGCCUCACUCGUCUCAAGUCCCCUCGCAGGUGCAGAGCCCCAUGACCUCGAGGCUGAAUGCCGGGAAAGGAGAUGGGAAGAUGCCAGUUCCAGAAAGGGCCAACAUUCCUCGCAGCAUCUCCAGCGAUGGACGCCCACUGGAGCGGCGGCUGUCUCCUGGAUCGGACAUCUACGUGACAGUCUCAUCCAUGGCUUUAGCAAGAUCCCAGCAGUGUCGAAACUCCCCUAGCAACUUGUCUUCAUCCAGUGAGACAGGCUCCGGUGGGGGCACUUACAGGCAAAAAUCCAUGCCCGAAGGGUUUGGAGUAAGCCGCAGAUCUCCAGCCUCCAUUGACCGGCAGAACACGCAGUCAGAUAUUGGAGGCAGUGGAAAAUCCACACCCAGCUGGCAAAGAAGUGAGGACAGCAUUGCUGACCAGAUGGCUUACAGUUAUAGAGGACCUCAGGAUUUCAAUUCUUUUGUCCUCGAGCAGCAUGAAUAUACAGAGCCGACGUGCCAUCUCCCAGCAGUAUCCAAAGUUCUGCCAGCUUUCCGAGAGAGCCCCAGUGGGAGGUUAAUGCGGCAGGACCCGGUGGUUCAUUUGUCUCCAAACAAACAAGGACAUUCUGACAGCCACUACUCAAGCCACUCCAGCAGCAAUACCCUCUCCAGCAAUGCCUCCAGCGUCCACAGCGACGAGAAGUGGUAUGAUGGCGACCGUACCGAAUCCGAACUCAACAGCUACAACUACCUGCAAGGCACCUCAGCAGACAGUGGCAUCGACACCACUUCCUAUGGCCCCAGCCAUGGCAGCACGGUGUCCUUGGGGGCCGCCACCUCGUCACCCCGCUCAGGACCAGGCAAAGAGAAAGUAGCACCCCUGUGGCAUAGUUCGAGUGAAGUGAUCUCACUGGCAGAUCGGACUUUAGAGGCAGAGGGCCACGGCCUGGAUCGGAAAGCAGAGUCCUCUCUAAGUUUGGACAUCCACAGCAAGAGCCAGGCCGGCUCCAGCCCCCUGACCCGGGAGAACAGCACUUUCAGCAUAAAUGACGCUGCUUCCCACACCAGUACUAUGAGCUCCCGGCACUCUGCCAGCCCAGUUGUCUUCUCCAGUGCCCGAAGUUCACCUAAAGAGGAGGUUCACCCUGUGGCAGCCUCUCAGCUGGCACCUUCCUUCUCCUCCUCCUCCUCCUCUUCGUCGGGUCCCAGGACUUUCUACCCUCGCCAGGGCGCUACUAGCAAGUACCUCAUUGGAUGGAAAAAACCCGAAGGAACCAUCAACUCAGUGGGAUUUAUGGACACAAGAAAGCGUCACCAGAGUGAUGGUAAUGAAAUAGCCCACACCAGGCUGCGUGCCUCAACCAGGGACCUGCGGGCAUCUCCGAAGCCAGCCUCCAAGUCCACUAUUGAGGAAGAUCUCAAGAAACUCAUUGAUCUGGAAAGCCCAACUUCGGAAUCCCAGAAGAACUUCAAGUUCCAUGCGCUAUCCUCCCCGCAGUCUCCUUUCCCCACCACUCCGACUUCGAGGCGGGCUUUGCACAGAACGCUGUCAGACGAGAGUAUCUACAGCAGCCAGCGGGAGCACUUCUUCCCCUCCCGGGCAUCCCUGCUGGACCAGGCCCUUCCCAACGAUGUCCUCUUCAGCAGCACCUACCCUUCUCUGCCCAAGUCACUUCCUUUACGGAGGCCUUCUUACACCUUGGGGAUGAAGUCGCUGCACGGAGAGUUCUCGGCCUCGGACAGUUCUCUCACCGAUGUCCAGGAGACACGGAGGGUGCCCAUGCCUGACCCUGGGCUAAUGCCCCUGCCUGACGCUGCUGCCGAUCUGGAUUGGUCCAACCUGGUGGAUGCCGCCAAAGCCUAUGAGGUCCAGAGAGCCUCGUUCUUUGCUGCUAGUGACGAAAACCAUCGCCCCUUGAGUGCUGCAUCCAACCAGCUGGAGGACCAGGCUCUGACCCAGAUGAAGUCAUAUGGCAGUAAAGAUUCAUCUCCCACUCUGGCUUCUAAAGUGGACCAGCUGGAAGGUAUGCUGAAGAUGCUUCGGGAAGAUCUGAAGAAGGAAAAGGAAGACAAGGCCCACCUGCAGGCGGAAGUGCAGCACCUGCGAGAGGACAACCUGCGGCUACAGGAGGAGUCCCAGAAUGCGUCGGACAAGCUGAAGAAGUUCACGGAGUGGGUCUUCAACACCAUCGACAUGAGCUAGGAGCGCUGCAGGGGACGGAGAAGGGGUGGUUGGGGCGGCGGCAGGCUUGGGCACUCUCCAGGGAGGGCUUGCCCCCCUCCCAGUCAUGCCGCCCACCCUUCAUUCUGAGCAAUGCCCUAGCCCCGCCCAGUUUCCCACCCUGGCUACUGCCGCCUCCUUUCCAGGAGCCGACAACAGUUGCAGAUCAACAAUCAUUAUCUGCCUUUUGUAGAAAAGAAAAACAAAACAAACAAAAAAAAGCAAAUAAAAAAUUAAAAAGUAAAAUAAAAAUUUAACUGCUAAAAUGUGAAUGUCUUUAUUUUUUUGCACAAUAUCUUUAUCUGUUAUGUAUUUUACAAAAAAAAAAAAAAAAGCAGAGACCCGGCCUGGGACUGGAGUCCCCCUGUCACCCCCAUCUGCUUCUCUUUCCAUCAGCUCUUUCUUCUCUAUUUUCAGGUAACCCAGGCUUCCCCUCCUCACUAAUAUCAUUGUUCCUAGAAAAAAAAGUGUUUUUUGAAACUGUUUCUUUGGGGAAUGGGGAGGGGUGCUUCCUUGCCCUUCCUUUCUAAACUGCCUGCAGAGGGAGGUGUUGUAAGAGAUGCCUGCCUCCCUGGAAUGACUUGUGCAUGAGCUAGUGCUGGCUGUACCCAUCUCCGAGCUCAGCGGGGCGGUGGUUGAACGGUAGCGAGUCCAGAAACCAGAGCGUGGGAGCACGCCAGUGCCUGGGGGUCGCCCCCGCUUUUCAGCCCCGCUCUGUGAUUCCGCCUCCCUCCGCUAGGGGCGCUCUGUGCCGCUUUGACUUAAGUGCAUCCUUCGGAAUUGGAACCCCUGAUUCCGUGCCACAGCUUCCGGGUUCCAACCGCUAAUUGGUUUCAGCAUUGCUCCAAUCUAAAACCUUAUCAUCUGUAUGCAUUUUGGUGGAAAGUAGAAGUUUGGAUUUAGAUUUUUUUUAAAGUUACAAAUAUGUCCAAAUUGGUAUGUUUUAGUGUACGCAAAUCGAUUUAUUAAUAAAUAAAUCCUGCUCUCUAAAAAGCCAGAUUGCACCCAUAUUUGUAACUAAGAGAAGUGAGCUGGUAAAUGUGACACCUGCUUGUUAGGAGCGAUGAAUGAAACGGAACAACGGGCUCCUGAAACCUGCAUGUCCCGUGCGCCCAGUGCAGCGGCCGCCUUUCCUGCCCCCUUUGCGGCCAGCCAGAGGCUUCUGCGGCAGAAAUGAUCCGUGUUCUUUUUCCUGCCGAGCACAGGGACCCUGGGCCCCCAGAGUUGGGAGACCCGAGCAGAACCUCUGGUGACCUUGUUCCUUGCCUUCCUUUAAACUGACACCUGUGCCCUUUCUGUGGCGACUGUGGUCUAAGAGAACAUCCAACCACCUGGGAUGUUGGCUCCAAGUCAUCCCCUGCCCUCCCUUCUUCCAUCCCCGAGAGAAUCAAUGGAGUUUCUUACUCCUUCCCACCCUUCCUUCCCCUCCCCUAGACUUUGAUGCUAUAGUUUCAUUCAUGAUUGUAAUUUCUCCAUGACCUUUUUGUUUUUUUCUGGUGACAUUUCUAUCAUGGAAAUAGGAAGAUUGCAGAGUGCUUUGUAAAGAUCUCGACUGUCUCUUUUCUGAUUGUAUGAAGGAGCGUGUACAUUGCCUGAUAACGUUUUGUAAAUGAAGAAUAGCGCUAACCUCCUGGCAUUCUGAAUUCUUGCUUCUCCUCCUGAGUUUGUUUUUUAUUUUGUUUUAGAUUUUGUUUGGGGACUGGGGGCAAGCUAUUUAUUAGAGUUUUGCAACAGAAUUCUUGUUUGAAGCCUUUAAAGACUACUUGUAAAAUUCAAACAAUAAAAUUCAUUUUAAACGCUC